AUGGAAGUUGAGGCCCUUCGUCUUAUCCGCCAAAAAACGGCUCUACCUGUUCCAGAAGUUUGGGCCUGGGGGGUAGCUGAUAUAAGUCCCCUCAAUCUAGGGCCGUUUAUUCUGAUGACUUUCAUCGAGGGUGUAUGUCUCAAAGACGUUCUGAUUGAAAGUGGUUCGCAGGUGCUGAAGAGACAUCUUCCCGACGAUACAAUCGAAUUGAUCUAUAGGCAGAUGGCCAAUAUCAUGCUGCAACUAUUCAAAAUAGACUUCUAUCGGAUUGGUAGCUUGCCUACAACAACCACCAAUUUUGCUGUACCCACACGUCCGCUCACAUGGAAAGCUCAUGAUAUUUUACAAACAGGAGGGAUAAACACUUUUGACAAUCAAAACCAGAAACUUUCUACAACUCGACAAUACUUUCACUAUGUUCUCGGGCAAGACUGGCAACAGCUCCAAAAUCAACUGAAUUCAGUUGCUGGAGAGACAAAUGCUCGACUUUGA